CAUGUGCUCGAUGUUUAUGUUUUGAGAAGAUCAACACGUGUAUUAAAGAAUUUCUAUGAUUGAAGACUGAUUGAUUGAUUGAUUUCAAGAACAGUUAUUGUUUGAGAUAUUGACAGUUAAUUGAGAGAUAAAGAUGGGACGUUUGAAGAGGGGGUAUAACUGGAAAGGUAGACAAAAAGUCGAUGUUGAUGUUGACAGAUCAGCAGAGAAAAAGAUAAAAUUAGAUGUUGAUGCUAUUGGUGUAGGAGAAACAGGUUUUGAUGAUAAUAAUCUAUUGGCGUUACCUUCCAAGAAACGGAAGACAAAUAAGAAGGAAGAUAAACCAAAGAAAACGAAACAGUUGACACGAAAAGAAAGAAGACAAUUGGAAAAAGUUAUUGAAAAAAAGGAAAAGAAAACCAAUAGAAAGUCCAUAUUAGAAUCACUGAGUUCUGUCCAGGCAUCACAGGAAGAACUUCAGUUAUUGACCAGUAUAUCAGAAGUUUACAGUCAAAGAUUUAAAUCUGAUGUUCAGGUUGAAACAUCUGUCGACGGUGAAGUAAAGUUAAAGACAAUAAAAGGUAUCAAUAAAAAAAAUAAACAAAAAGUUCCUGAACCCGAGUCUGACAGUUCAAUAGAUACAUCAGACAUGUCAUCAGAUGAGGAGGAGGAGGAGGAAGAUCUUAAAGAAUUAACCAAUCAAAUUGAAGAACAGAUAACAGAGAGUGAAAAAAACAGAGAUGAACCAAUGAAAGAGGAAAAGACAUCUGUAAAGGUGAAAGAUGAGAAAGUAAAAGUAGAUGAUAAACCGAAAGUAGAAGAAAAACCUAAUAGAACUGUUAUCAAUGUUCCUGUGAUGAGAACAGCUGAAGUUGAGGCAAAUAGAGAGAAGUUACCAAUAUUUACUGAAGAACAGGUUGUUAUGGAAACUAUUAAUGAUAAUCCAGUAACGAUUAUUUGUGGAGAAACGGGGUCGGGUAAAACAACUCAAGUUCCACAGUUUUUAUAUGAAGCAGGAUAUGCCCAUGGUGAUGGUAUUAUUGGUAUCACAGAACCUAGACGUGUUGCUGCUAUCAGUAUGUCACAACGUGUUGCCAUGGAAAUGAAUUUAUCUCCUGAUGAAAUAUCGUAUCAAAUUCGUUAUGAAGGAAAUACCUCGUCUAAAACUAAGAUCAAGUUCAUGACAGAUGGUGUUUUAUUAAAGGAAGUCCAACAGGACUUUAUGUUGAGUAAAUACAGUGUUAUUAUUAUUGAUGAAGCUCAUGAACGAAGUGUUUAUACGGAUAUUCUCAUUGGUUUAUUAUCUCGUAUUGUACCACUCAGAAACAAGAGAGGAAAACCAUUGAAGAUGAUAAUUAUGUCCGCUACACUCAGAGUAGAAGAUUUUACAGAAAAUAAACAAUUAUUUAAAAUACCACCACCUGUGUUAAAAGUCAACUCUCGUCAGUUUCCUGUAACUAUUCACUUCAACAAACGGACGCCUGUGGAUGAUUAUUUAUCAGAUUGUUUUAAAAAGGUAUGUAAGAUACAUCGUAUGUUGCCGUCUGGAGGCAUACUGGUAUUUGUAACAGGACAACAAGAAGUUCGAACUCUCUGUUAUAAAUUACGCAAAAUGUUUCCUUAUGAUCCGCACCAAGUUUUACCCAAUAAAAAAGAGGAACGUAAAAAAAAUAAAAAGAAGAAAAGGGAGAAAAAAAUACAGAAAAAGAUUGAAAAAAUUGACUUACCUAAAGUUGACUUGAACAAUUAUUCUAUAAAACCUGUUGAUGAAGAAGGAGAAAUGGAUGUUCUUGGUGAAGAUUCCGAUCUCGAUAUUUUAUCUGAAGGGGAAUCAGAAACAGAAGACAUGGGGAAGGAUCCGGAGGAAUCUGAAGAGACUGGAUGUCAGACACCAUUAUAUGUUUUACCUUUAUACUCUCUAUUACCCAGUCAUAAACAGAUUAGGGUUUUUGACGAGGCGCCACCGGGAUGUCGUCUGUGCGUUGUAUCAACAAAUGUAGCAGAAACAUCUUUAACUAUCCCAAAUAUCAAAUAUGUUGUAGAUACGGGCAAGGUUAAAACUAAAUUCUACGAUAAAGUAACAGGUGUUUCGACAUUUAAAGUUACCUGGACGUCUCAAGCUUCAGCCAAUCAGAGAGCAGGAAGAGCUGGGCGUGUGUCACCUGGUCAUUGUUAUCGUUUAUAUUCAUCGGCUGUAUUUAAUGAUGAUUUUGAGAUGUUUUCACCACCCGAGAUUUGUAGACGUCCUGUAGAUGAUCUUUUGUUACAGAUGAAGGAGAUGAAUAUUGAUAAAGUACAGAAUUUUCCCUAUCCUACUCCACCAGAUAUUGAACAGUUAAAGGCAGCUGAAAGUUUAUUGUUAUCUCUUGGAGCUUUAUCAACACCAGAUCGACCGAAACAUAUCAAACGUAGACAGGACAAAGAGUUAACAAAGAUUACUCCCCUUGGCCGUGGAAUGGCUAAGUUUCCUGUCUCACCACGAUAUGCUAGAAUAUUAGCUUUAGGUCAUCAAGAGAAUCUCCUACCAUAUGUUAUAGCAAUUGUAUCAGCUUUAUCUGUAGAUGAAUUAUUUAUUGAGACACCAGUACCUAGCGAGAAAACUGAUGGUAAGCAGAAACAGAAAACUUCACAAAUCAGAAAGUUGUGGGCUGGAGGUGGUCAGUCUUUGUUAUUAGGUGAUUUAAUGGUAUUAUUAAAGGCUGUAGGGGCAUGUGAAUAUCAGGGUUUUACUCCAGAAUUCUGCACUAAGUUUGGUAUCAGAUAUAAAUCCAUGAAAGAAAUUAGAAAAUUACGAGCGCAGUUAACAAAUACAGUAAAUAUUGUGAUACCUGAUGCCAACCUAUGUGUAGAUCCGAAGUUAUCUCCCCCUACUGAUGUCCAGUGUAAGAUGUUACGGCAGAUUGUAUUGGCUGGUUUAGCUGAUCAUGUGGCCAGGAGAUAUCCAGACCCUCCACCAGGUGCUAGUGAUGAUGCCAGAAAACUAAAACAUGCCUAUCAGUGUACUGAAUUAGAGGAACCAGUUUUUAUUCAUCCUUCAUCUAUUUUAUUUGUAUAUUUUAACAGUGUACUGAAUUAA